CCGUUCCUCGCUCCCUCACGCUUUCACACCGAUGAACACGCUGAGUGAUGAUUGCUACAUGUGGGCAACAGUAGAUAUCUCUACACAAGAACAGAGCCACGCUAAAUCCAUUGGAUAAAGCAGCUUCUCCAGCCUGAAUCAAAGAGCUGUCGUCUACAACGCCAGUGAACUGUAAAGGCAUAUCAGCUCUUCGCUUGUUCCUACAGUACAGCUGACUUGACAAAACGGCAUUGCAAGGACAUUCAGGCCAUGAAAACUAGACUAGGUUGCCUGUCUAACAAAUCAGACUCAUGCAGCGAUUUUUCAGAAUUCCUGCCUCCUGCUCAGGAGAGAUCCACAAGAUACUUGAAGUUAUCUACAGAUGAAGUGACCAGAUGGGCUGAUUCAUUUGACACUCUGCUGUCCAAUAAGUAUGGUUUGGCAGCGUUUAGAACCUUCCUCAAAUCAGAGUUCAGUGAUGAAAACAUUGAGUUCUGGUUGGCUUGUGAGGAAUAUAAAAAGAUCAAAUCCCCUGCUAAGAUGAUGUCUAAGGCCAAUAAGAUCUACAAGGAAUUUAUUGAAGUUCAUGCUCCCAGAGAGGUUAACAUAGACCACAGGACCAGAGAGGAAACCAAACAGAGGCUUCUGGAUCCAACUCCCAACAGUCUUAAUGAAGUCCAAGCUAAAGUGUACAGCCUCAUGGAGAAAGACUCCUAUCAUCGGUUUAUAAGAUCAAAGAUCUAUCAGGACUUACUGAACAGGACACAGAUAUACUGUCAGAGGAAAUCUGUUUAAAAGUUUAUGUCUAUUUGCAUGCCUGGUUAGAGGAUACUGAGGUAAUAAGCAGACUUUAAUUGUAAUAGCACAGUCUGUGUGCUUACAAAAUAAAUAGAUGAGAAUAAUUAAAUAAAAAAGGUCAAAAGACAAACUAGUUCCUUGCAUCUAAACUUUAACAUGACCCUGUACUGUGCUUCUUUGCCCAGUUCUAUUUGUAACAUGUGGCUAUAUUCUUUCCCUUCAAUUGUGAUAGAAUAGUUGAUGUUUCUUCUGAAUGCUGGCAAGCAUGUAAAUCAGUCUCUACAUGGGAAAUAUGUAAGAGUAGAUUAUGAUAAUUUAUUUUUAUCUUCAAUGUAACUUGUGUACACAUUAGCACUGAUAUGAUUCGAUAAAAGAACUAAAGGCAUGCCUGCUGUUACUGCAUGCAGCCUCUGACUUCGCACAUUUCUCAUUGGUUCUUUUCCCUUAAAAUCUUAAAUCUAAAAAUACUUCAAUCCCACACACAAACGCACACUGAAAAUAGAUUUUUUUCUCUGAAGUGAUAUUUUUAUUGUAAUGUUCAUGUUUAUUUUGUUGUUUAUUAAUUUAUUUAAGCUUAUUCUUUCACAUGUUGAUGCUCUGAUGGUUUACAAUGACAUGUUCUUGUGAUGAUACUAGAUCAAGUAAAGCAUGUCACUUUGAA